AUGACGCCAACUCACCCACCUCAUAAUUUCCUGGCCUCCUCCAGUUCAGCAUCCUUCCCUCCACCUGGCCUCUGCAGCUCCUUCCGUAGGUUUUGCUCUGGACCCUGUCAACCUGAGGGGAGAGCCACAGCUCAAGGCAGAAUCCUGAGUUUAGAGGCUCCACCCAGCCAGGCCGAGGGCGGCGAGCACAGCGGCAGCCCGGCCAGGGCGGGCCGCGAAGCACUGGAUGCGCUGCACUGUCGCCUGCUCUGUGACUUCUGCUGCGCUCCCCUGGGUGGCGGCGAGGAGCCUGAGCUGGGGCUGGUGCUACAGGAGGCGCUGGAGCCGGGCAUGUGCCUGGGCCGCUACCUGCGCGCGCAGCUUGAGGCCUCCGAGCUGCUGCUGGAGGAAGGCAGCUCAGCCCUGGCCGCGGAGCUCAACACCGCCAAGCUUGCCCUGGCCUAUGCAGGCGUGGAGAUGAAUGACUUGGUGGUGAGCUGUGGCCUGGGCCUUGCGCCAGGGUCCGUGCCUACCUGGCUGCUGGACCCCACAUGGCUCGAGCAGGAGCUUGCUGCCCCCGGUGUCACAUUGGCGCUCCUGCCCAUGCUGAAUCAGGUGGCCCAGCCUGGCCGCGGGGAGGGCGGCCUGACCGUGAGCUGGGCGGAGGCCGUAGGCCUGGGCCUCCAGGGCUGCGCCCUCGACCCCGUGCUGCAGCAAUGCCUGGUGUGGGCUGCCUGCUGUAGGGGCACCGCUGCCCCACCCUGA